GAGCCGUGGCCUCGCCCGCCCAGGGCUGCUCUGAGCCGCAGACGCCUCCUCGGAAGAGCCAGCUCAGUCCCGACCCUGUGGACAGACGCUGCCGCCCCACGUGGCUGGGGGAGGCUGUGAGCUGCAGUCCAGACGGUGUUCUCAUUGGUGCCACCUGCAGAGACAGAGGAGGAGUCCCUGCCACUCGGGCAGGCUCCCGACAGAGGCACAAUGAGCGGCCCGGAGGUCAGCGGGGCGGCCUGAAGGCGGAGCAGCGCGGCGGCCGCCCGCAGCCGGGGGCAGAUAUGGAGAAGUUCCAGGCUGCGAUGCUGCUGGGGGCCGUCGGGGACGCGCUGGGGUUUGGGCACGCUGCCAGGGAGAGCAGCGCCCCGGGCGCCAGGGUCCAGGAGGAGAUGGGAAAGGGAGGUGGGCUGGACCAUCUCGUGCUCUCGCCGGAGAUGUGGCCGGUAAGCGACAACACCAUCAUGCACGUGGCCACGGCGGGGGCCCUCGUCACAGACUUCUGGUGCCUGGACGACCUCUACCGUGAGAUGGUGCGGCGCUAUGUGGACGUCCUGGAGAAGCUCCCGGAGCAGCGGGCAGACCCAGCCACCCUGGAGGGCUGCUCCCAGCUGAAGCCAGAUAACUACCUCCUAGCGUGGCACACGCCGUUCAACGAGAAAGGCUCGGGGUUUGGUGCUGCCACCAAGGCAAUGUGCGUGGGGAUGCGGUACUGGCAGCCGGAGCGGCUGGAGACGCUGGUGGAGGUCAGCGUGGAGUGCGGCAGGAUGACGCACAACCACCCCACAGGCUUCCUCGGGUCUCUGUGCACCGCCCUGUUUGCGUCGUACGCCGUCCAGGGAAAGCGGCUGGAGCAGUGGGGGCGAGACAUGCUGCGGACGGUGCCGCUGGCUGAGGAAUACUGUAAGAAGACCAUCCGGCACCUGGCAGAAUACCAGGAGCACUGGUUUUACUUUGAAGCUAAGUGGCAGUUUUACCUGGAGGAGAGAAAAAUCAUCGAGGACACCGAGAACGAGGCCAGCUUUCCCGACCGCUACGACGCGGAGGAGAGGGAAAAAACCUACAGGAAAUGGAGCUCUGAGGGCCGCGGGGGCCGGCGGGGCCAUGACGCCCCCAUGAUCGCCUACGACGCCCUCCUGGGAGCCAAGGGCAGCUGGACGGAGCUGUGCCGCCGUGCCAUGUUCCACGGAGGUGAGAGCGGGGCCACCGGGGCCAUCGCCGGCUGCCUGUUCGGGCUGCUGCACGGCCUGGACGCUGUCCCCGUGGGCCUGUACCGCGCGCUGGAGCACCAGGAGGAGCUGAGGCGCCUGGGCGAGGCGCUGCACCGCCUGUCCUCACAGGAGAACCCCAGGAGCAGCAAGGUUUGCAGCGACAAGACGCCCGUCAACGUCCAAGCCCUGAAAAAGAAGGUCGGCCAGGUCACAUGCCACCCGGCGGUGCGAGCCGUCCUCAGCAGCCUGCUGCUCUACCUGACCGACCGCGAGGACGCGGCCCCGGGGCCUCCUGCCGCCCGGAGGGCAGAGGGCAUGGCUCGCCGGGCCCCUGAGCCCCAGGACGCCCAGCGGCGGCCCACGCGCUUCCAGCUGCUCCAGGCCAGGUUCAUGGGCAGCGGCCGCGAGCCCCGCCUCAGGAGGACCCGGGAGGUGGGGCGGCUGAUCUUCAGGGACAAGCAGGGCCCUGGCAGGGGCGUGGUGGCGGCCACCGUCCACAAGCUGCUGGAGAAGGCCGGGGAGGCGGCCGGUCGCCCGGCCCCCGGCAGGGAGCCGCCGGGCCGCGAGAAGCCGCGGGCCCUCCCGGCUGGGAGGAGCUCGGUGAAGAGCAUCCUGAAGGUGUUCCUGGCCGCGGAGGAGAAGCAGGCCGCGGAGCAGCCUCCCGUGGAGCCGCGCGCAGCCGUAGGGGGCCCGGCCGCCAAGCCGAAGGGGAAGGCGGGUGGGCGGAGCGCGGCGCUGGCCAGGCUGCGGGAGAAGUUUGCCCAGAGCGGCGGCCUGUGCGCGGAGGCCGGCCUCCUGCCGCGGCGCGCGGAGGAGCGCAGCAAGAAGCGCACGCCGCGCAGGCCGCUGCACCGGCCGGAGCUGCGCGUCCUCCGCGUGGCCACCCUGGCCAGCAGCUGCCUCCGCGCGCCGCCCGCCCGCCUCCUGGCCUGCUCCACCGAGCCUGCGCUGCCCUUCAGCGUCGCCACCGUGGUCUGCGGGCCCCGAAGCUGGCUGUCCCACGGCACCCGAGUCACCCACACGGGCGUGGGCCGUGCGCCCCGAGAGGACACAGGCACCUCCCCUGACGCGGCAGAGAACUCCGGAGGGAGCAGAGAGCCGGGGUGGCGGCCCCCGCAGCCCUCCACGCCCCGGCUCGCAGCUUCCAGGGACGGCCUGGAGACAGGGCUCCCAGAUGUGGAGGCCGAGUGUGUCCCCCCGGCAGCCCCCGCUGCCGCCUCCCCCGGGGGUGAAGCGCAUCCUGGCCGCAAGCCUGCGAGCUCCGCGCUGGGCCCAGCCAGCCCAGGCGGUCAGGGGGCUGCUCAGGGGGCCAGGGAAGUAAGCCUGGGGCCGCGGCCAGGACUCUCCGGAGGCGGCGCGGGGGCUGGCCCCGAGGUCACCUUGACCGUGUGCAGCUCAGAGGACGAGAUGGACACAGCGAGUGUGGACUGGGUGCCAGAGCCCCUCUUCGCCGUCCAGGAGAGUCUCCGAGAGGAGAAGGCGCCCGGACACAUCCCCCCACUGGCCGCACUCACCGCACCCUCCGCGCAGGCCGCGCGGCGCACACAACCCGCCAUGGAGCCCCCGCAGGUCACGGUCAGACUCCCGGUGGUCCACACGAUGCCGCCCCCUCCCGCCACCCCGCAAAGGGCGCCAGGAGACCAAGGCUGGGGUCCUCUGGGCGGGGUCAUUGAGACUGGAAACCCAGGCGCCCCUCAUUCCCCCACCGCCGAGAGCGGGAGCCGGGGUGCGCCGCCGCAGGGCGCAGGGGCGGAGCCGAGGCUCGCAGCCACACGCGGUACUGCUGCCCGCGGUCCAGACCUCCCCGCCGCCGUCUCCUCGACGGGGCCACAGAACAGCUCCUUGGGAGGAAAGGACGCCAGACCUGGGCCCGGGGCCUCACAAUGGCUCCUGAAGCCCAAGGACGGGCGUGGGGAGGACUCGCGUGGAGAGGGCGCGUCCCCCCUGAGUUCUGAGCCGCCUCUGCCGUCAGAACCGCAGGGAGGGCCAGGCGGCCACGCCGGUGCCUGGGAGAACCGUGGGAGGGGCCACACGGGCUGUGCACCCGCGGGCCAGCAAGCGCCAGCGCCCACCGCUCGAGGCAGCAAGAGCGGGACGCGUGUCCCCGCGUGGCCAGUGGCACUGGCUGGGGCUGGGGCGAGGCCCGAGAGCCCCGUGCACAGGAGCCCCCCGAGUGAGCAGGAAGGGCGUGGGAGGCCCCCGCCACGCCUGGAGUCAGCUGGGUGCAUGCCUACAACUGCAGGGAGCGCCGGCAGUGAUCUUGGUGAGGAGAGAGCCUCCUCCUCAAAUGAAAAGACACCGCCCGGUGUCAGAGCCCCCAGGCAGGAGCCGGUGGGCAGCGCCUCCCGGAAUCCCCCAGCCCCGAGCCCCAGAAACUUGGCAGCUGGGCCGCGGGAGGGUAAGGGGGCUGGGUGGCCCGCAGGCCCGGGCCUCAUGGGUGUCAUGCCUGAGGAGUCUGCUCACCAGCCUGGCGGCCACAGCUCGGCCUUGGGGUCCCCGCCCCCGCCCGGCCCCACUCAGGAGGCCCCCGGCGCGCCGACUCUGGCCGUCCAGCCCCACCUGGCGGCUCCGGGUCACCUGGCCACAGGAGACGUGGCCACAGGCGGAGAGAAGGUGGAGGCAGGAGGCAGAGUCACAGGCUCUGUGCGGCGGAGGCCUCGGGGGGACAGCCUGGAGCUCCCAACUCCAGCCUCAGGCCUGCCGGAGCCACGGGGGACCCACGGGGCAGGGACUCCAAGGCCGCAGCUUCCUGAGACGCAGCAGGCAGAGGGCAGGGCGGGCCUCUCGUCCAGUGAACAGCUUCCCCUCGGUGCCAGGCCUUCCCACCAGCCCGGCCCCUCGUCCGCAGCAGCAGACGGGCCAUGGGGGGACAGGGUGGCCCCCAAGCACCCUGACCUCCAGGCUUCCGGGCAAGUGGAGGGAGGGGAGCGGGCUGGUCUGGGGACUCGAGAGAGUCGGCGUGGACGAGAGGAGGGGUCCCCAGGGGCUGUGAGUCUGGAUGGUUCUGGAAGGAAGGGAGAAGGCCUUCGGGGUGAGAGGUCCGGCUCGCGAGGGGUCAGGGAGUCUGGGAGCAGGCCCCCGGAGGAGGCUCUCGGUAGGCAUGCCGGGAAGGGCCCAGAACUCCCGCGGAGGCAGCAGGCGGGGCACGCCAAGGGUCUCCCGGAGGAGCGGAGGGCCCCAGCUGCGGAGAGCCAAGCCCCGUCCCUCUCGGGGAGCCCCGCACUCCCAGCGCAGGCCCAGGUGAGCCAGAUGGUGCCUCCCAAUUCAGCACGGCCCGCAAGUGGCUCGGGGGGAGUGACGCUCGCAGCAGGCAGAAAUGAGGCACCCCAGGUUCCAGCCCCCAGGAGUGGUCAGGGGGGCCCCCGAGUGCUACUGGGAGAGGGCCAGAGCCCGGCAGCACCCAGCCCCCGGGAGGGGGCGAUCCAGGCACCCUCCAGCAUCCAGAAAGGGCAGACCUGGGUGUCCCCCAGUCUCAGGAAAGGGCAGAGCCGGGCACCCUCCAGUAUCCAGGAGGGGCAGAGCCAGGCGGCUCCCAGCCCCUGGGAGGGGCAGAGCCAGGCAGCCCCCAGCCCCCAGGAGGGGGAGAUCCAGGCACCCUCCAGCAUGCAGAAGGGGCAGACCUGGGUAUCCCCCAGUCUCAGGAGGGGGCAGAGCCGGGCACCCUCCAGUAUCCAGGAGGGACAGAGCCAGGUGGGCCCCAGCCCCGGGGAGAGAGAGAUCCAGGCACCCUCCAGCAUCCAGGAGGGGCGGAGUCGGGCAGCCCCCAGUCUCAGGAAGGGGCAGAGCUUGGAGGGGCAGAGUCCGGCAGCCCCCAGCCCCCAGGAGGGGGAGAUCCAAGCACCCUCCAGCAUCCAGAAAGGGCAGACCUGGGUGUCCCCCAGUCUCAGGAAGGGGCAGAGCCGGGCACCCUCCAGUAUCCAGGAGGGGCAGAGCCAGGCGGCUCCCAGCCCCUGGGAGGGGCAGAGCCAGGUGGCCCCCAGCAUCCAGAAGGGGCAGAGCCAGGCAGCCCCCAGCCCCUGGGAAGGGGAGAUCCAGGCACCCUCCAGCAUGCAGAAGGGGCAGACCUGGGUAUCCCCCAGUCUCAGGAGGGGGCAGAGCCGGGCACCCUCCAGUAUCCAGGAGGGACGGAGCCAGGCGGGCCCCAGCCCCGGGGAGAGAGAGAUCCAGGCACCCUCCAGUAUCCAGGAGGGGCAGAGCCAGGCGGCUCCCAGCCCCUGGGAGGGGCAGAGCCAGGUGGCCCCCAGCAUCCAGAAGGGGCAGAGCCAGGCAGCCCCCAGCCCCUGGGAAGGGGAGAUCCAGGCACCCUCCAGCAUGCAGAAGGGGCAGACCUGGGUAUCCCCCAGUCUCAGGAAGGGGCAGAGCCGGGCACCCUCUAGUAUCCAGGAGGGACGGAGCCAGGCGGGCCCCAGCCCCGGGGAGAGAGAGAUCCAGGCACCCUCCAGCAUCCAGGAGGGGCAGAGCCAGGCAGCCCCCAGCCCCUGGGAAGGGGAGAUCCAGGCACCCUCCAGCAUCCAGGAGGGGCGGAGUCGGGCAGCCCCCAGUCUCAGGAAGGGGCAGAGCUUGGAGGGGCAGAGUCCGGCAGUCCCCAGCCCCCAGGAGGGGGAGAUCCAGGCACCCUCCAGCAUCCAGAAGGGGCGGAGUCCAGCGGCCCCCAGCUUCCAGCCAGUGCCAGGCUCUGCAGUGCCCACACCCAAGCUGGGGAGCAGCCUUGCGCCCCGUGGCCCUGCCCAGGAGGGGCCCCCAGACGCCCCCGGGGUGGGGCGCGGCAGGCGCGGGCCGCAGCUGGCCAAGUACCGAGCCCAGAGCUUCAGUGACCAGAGGUCCUUCGAGCUGUCUUUUAGGCCAACCAUCCUCAGGGCCAGCGACAAGUACAGGCCUCCGCAGUGACCCCGAGUGGCGUCAGAGGCCCAGAUCUCACUGGGGUCUGGGCACGGCUGCUCCAGACCCCCAGCCUGGCCAGAACCAACAGACCCGGUGGCCACUGACUCUCAGAGCCGUGAAAGGCCAUUCCUAGCACUGCUUCCAGGCGCUUUCCCUCAGGGCUUGCUGAGCAGAGGGGCCCGUCACCCAGCUCAUCUGUCCCUCGGCUGUCAGAGCAGCGUCCGAGGGCCUGUGAGUCCUGCUGGGGCCUGGGCAGGCGCUGGCCCCGGGGCCGCCCACCCGCAGGGGCUGGGGUCGGCCCCCCGAGCUACAGACCCUGCAGGCCCUUGGCAGAGGUGUGGGGAGCCCAGCAGAGCCCCCGGCCUGACCCCUCUCCCGCAGGCUCACUUGCUCAGGCCCAGCGCCUCGGCUGGGGCUGGGGGUGCCCGCCCCCUACUGCGCGCCUAGCGGCACCAUCUCAUUUAACCUUUCUGUUGAUUUGUACUCUGGUACACAAAGGAUUUAAGGCAGCGGUCGGCAAAGAGACGGAGGAGAUAAAAGCGCUGUGCACACUGCAUGCUCCCUUUUCAAGAGGAGGAGCAGGAGGGGCUUGGCGCUCUUUUUAGACAGACCAGAACAUCCACUGAGAUGCAGCCAGUCGUGUCCGUGGAAACACCUGAGCCCCCCACCCCACCCUGAGCCUCCGAGGGGCCACCUCCCAUGGCCCCCACUGCCGGCGACACCGUCCUCCCAGCAACCCCCGAGAGGAGAACAGAGAGACCCCUGAGGACUUGCUGGGGGUCCGUUUCAGCUGGUCCUGGACCCCUGAGGACUUGCUGGGGGUCAGUUUCAGCUGGUCCUGGACCCCUGAGGACUUGCUGGGGGUCAGUUUCAGCUGUCCGGGGCCCCUGAGGACUUGCUGGGGGUCAGUCUCAGCUGGUCCUGGACCCCUGAGGACUUGCUGGGGGUCAGUUUCAGCUGUCCGGGACCCCUGAGGACUUGCUGGGGGUCAGUCUCAGCUGGUCCUGGACCCCUGAGGACUUGCUGGGGGUCAGUUUCAGCUGUCCGGGGCCCCUGAGGACUUGCUGGGGGUCAGUCUCAGCUGGUCCUGGACCCCUGAGGACUUGCUGGGGGUCAGUUUCAGCUGUCCGGGGCCCCUGAGGACUUGCUGGGGGUCCAUUUCAGCUGGUCCUGGAGAACCCUGAGGACUUGCUGGGGGUCCGUUUCAGCUGGUCCAGGGCCCCCGCCUGGACCACCGGGCCCUUCGAGCUUGGCUGGUGGACAGAGUGCUCACACUGCAAAUGGGAUGUCUUUUCUACAGAAGAAAGACCCUCGAGACCCCUGGGCUGAAACAACCAUUGCGGCAGCGGUGGGCGGGCAGGUGGCCGACGUCUACAUCGGCGUCUUAGCGACAUGCUUUCUUAGGUUGAAAUAGCUCCUCGGCUUUCACCUCGAUUCAGCGCUUUCAGGCUCUGUUUACAGACCCGUCCGUGAGCCCCACGUGUGUAUGUAUGUGCGUGCUGCCCAAGGAGAAGACGCUGUCACCAGGAUCACGGGCGUGCGCUUUUAUUUCAGGUGCCCCGUCAGGAGCAGUGUCGCUCAGGAGUGUACAAAUUCAGCAUUGCGUAUUUGUGUAGUGAGGGCAUCUUUGCGGUUCGGUCGUGACUUUUUAAAUAUUUGAUUACAUAUUAACCGUCAGCUGUUGAUUCAAUGUUCCUUAUUUUAUCCUCCUUUGUAUACAAGUUAACUCUAAAAUGAUCCCUUAGGCAAGAAUUAACUAAAUAUAUUUUGUGGUAUUCUUUCCUUUGAAUUUCUACUAACUUUAUUCAGCUGGAAAUCAUCUUGAGAAAGGAAAUAAAACAUGCGGCUCGCCACA